AUGGCGUCAAGAAUCGCAAGGAAUGCUCUUUCGGGAGCCACUCGCGGAGCUGCUCUGCGACCAACCCUCCCGCGCACCGCCCUACCCGCCCUCACCACCUUUGCGACUACCUCACCGCGCCGCGAGAGCAGCGUGCCGCAAAAGGACCCCAAGUCCGCCGCCAACUCCAUCCUCGAGGCCCUCCCCGGCAACAGCCUUGCUGCCAAGACUGCCAUCCUUUCCGCCGGCGCUGGACUGUCGGUAGCGGCCAUUAGCAAUGAGCUCUACGUCGUCAACGAGGAGUCUAUUGUCAUGGUUUCGCUUCUCACAAUCUACUGGGCCGUUUACACCUACGCCGGCCCCAUGUACGCGGAGUGGGCGCAGGGACAGCAGGACAAGAUCAAGGGCAUUCUCAAUGCUGCACGGGACGACCACACCAAUGCCGUCAAGGCACGCAUUGACAGCGUGAAGGACCUUAGCGGAGUGAUUGAUGUCACCAAGGACCUCUUUGCGGAGACCGCCCAGCUCGAAGCUCAGGCAUUUGAGCUCCAGCAGAAGACCAACAUUGCCGCCGAGGCCAAGUCGGUUCUCGACUCCUGGGUUCGCUAUGAGGGUCAGGUCAAGGCGAGACAACAGAAGGAAUUGGCCGACUCCGUCAUUGCCAAGAUCGAGAAGGAGCUUGAGAACCCCAAGGUUCUCGACCAAAUCCUCAAGCAGAGCGUCGCGGACGUUGAGCGUAUCGUUGCGCAAAAGUAG